UUUAUUCUUUUCAGUAUUGGAAAAAAAGGCAAAAGCAGCAAACAUCUCACAACUCUCAAGUUUUCUAUCUCAAGCCCCAUUCACACCAUAACUUAAACAUGCUUAAAAGCUGCCUGUUGUAUAUUUUUCAAUUGCCAGUUACACAACAUGUUAAAAUUCAUUUGUUGAAUUCGAUGUAAUUUUUUUUAACCUAGGCCCCGUUCACACCAAAGCUCAAACAUGUUUACAAGUUGUUUAGCUAAUCUUUAUGACUCUUUCAUAUUGACUGUUACACCUUAUGAUGUAUUAAUUGCUCUGUUUUUUUGCCUGCUUUCAUCAGAGGCGCUGUUCGGCAUCGCUCCUUUUGCAUCAGCAUCAUUUGCUGAACUUGAGAUGAAGAUUCGCUCAACAGAUCCAAUCACGGUAAGAAACUACAUGAUUGUAAACAUUCUCAUUAAGAAAUUCAUAAUUAUGCUAAUUUAAUACAACCCACUGAUUAAUUCGCAACUUCAGAAACCAUAAAGAGACUGGAGCGAGUUAACUUAUGCGAAGACUUCUGGGAUCGUUACAAGGGUUACAAUAGCCCUUGUUCGAUAUAUGUUAAAAUUCCAACAUGACCCCGAGGCUUUAGGGUAAAAAUUGCAAAUUUUUCAUGACUCCAUUGUCUCACAAUUACCAGGAGCACAAAGAAAACCAAAGCAAAUAUUGAAAAAUGACCAGAAAGCCUCGGAGUCAUGUUAGAAAUUUAAUAUAUCGAACGUGGGCUAUUGGUCAGGUUUUUCGCUGUCCCCAGUGGCAGUCCCAGAGGUCUUUGCGAAGGUUAACUUGUUCCAGCUUCCCAGUGGAGAAUUUGAUGGUCAUAUUGAGCAGAAUUCAUAGAUAUAUGGUGCCAGAUCAGUCUUAAAAGGGUACUGCCACACAAAUGCACUCUGUACAGGGUUCGUACAGGCCAUGGAAAACCUGGAAGGUUGUGAAAUUUAAGAAUUUCAUUUUCCAGGCCUGGAAAGUCAUGGAAAGUUAAAGUUAUGUCAGAUAGAUAAGAUACUGCAGAUGUCAAAGGAAGGACAAUGUCAGAUAGAAAUGAGUAAUUAAAUGACAUGGAUUUUAGUGGACACCAGAGUUUUUGUCUGUUGAAGUGAGUUAGGUCGAAAAAUACCCUAAAACAAGGAAGUUUUUGAAAAUAUUCGAAAAUGAGAGCUAACCCUAAGGACAUGGAAACCCUGAAAACCUCAUGGAAAAGUCAUGGAAUUUAAGGAGCUCAAAAGAGUGCGAACCCUUUGGAAAGAUUCUGUUCUUGCGGGACCAACGCGGGAAAUCCCGUGCGGGCAAGAUGAGCCCACCUUGCCUGUUCGGGUAGCCAAUUAAAACGCAGGAUUAGCUUUAUCUUACCCACUUGCGGAUUCAGCCAUUUACCCGACUCAAAUUGGAUAUUAGGUAUAUGAGAUCGAAAGUGUGCAGAAAAGAAGUGCGGCGAUUUUGGGUGCUGAAAACAAUGCACUCGAAAAGUUUAGCGUCACGCGGGACGCGAUUCACUUAGCGCUAGUUAUAUCAAAUAAACCGACUGCAGUCGUACAAUACGUAUGAACAAUUACUGCAUCCCGUUCAGUUAUAAUUUGGAAAUCAACGGCUGAAAUAUUCCAUUCUUCCCACGUAUUCUUCGAGCUGUAAGUGACUCGAUCGCUCUUCAGUUUUAUUCUUUGUAAAGUUUUCUCACCCAAUUUUAGCGCAUCGUCGUCAAAAUUUUGGUCAUUUUUAGAUUUAAAAACCAUGCACAUAUUAAUUUUAAAAUAAUUCUUUCAUUGAAAUUUUUAUUUGUUGAUUGAUUUAUUUAUUCACCAGAAAGGUAAUCCUUAUAUAUUCCUUAUUGCCUUGGUUAUCCCAGUCAUUUUAUUUUUCGUAUCAAUGUGGCGGAAAAUUUGAGUCACCUCUCGUACUUAAGCCCUGUGCAAACGAACGCAACAUUGUUGGCUGUUGCAUGUUGCGUCCGUUUGCACACCCUGUUACAUGUUGUUGGGAGUUGGUGCGCAGUAAAACGUUUGAGCCAACAACUUCCAACAUUUCUUUUGUUCCAUGAUCGCCGAAGCGUAGCGCAACAAUGUUGGAUCCGUUUGUACAGCUCUUCCAACAUUUUUGGGGCCAUGCACGCGCAAUACAUUUGGUCUCCAAAGUUUUAUGGGUUAUAUCCUUCCCACGAUGCACUGCAGGUCCCAACGUUGUUGGGCGUUGUUGCAUCCGUUUGCUCACCGCUGCUAACACUCCGCAAUAACUCCCAACAUUGUUGGCCCAAUAAUCUCGGGAGUUGUUGCGUCCGUUUGCUCGUACACUGUAGCUUUAAUUAUCUUGUUUUGUUCUUGUAUCUAUAGCUGCCUCCUGGAUCUCAGUUGAGCCCAGACUGCCAGGAUCUUCUUUUAGCUCUACUACAACGGGAUCCUUUGGCCAGAAUAUCUUUUGAUGACUUCUUUGCCCACCCUUUUCUUGAUCUUGAGCAUGUUCCAUCACCUGUGUGCUUGGAUAAAGCGGUGAGUAACCCAGCACUUAACGACAUCAGCAGAAGGCACAACCUUGUCUCCAGGGGAGGGACGAGGUUGCAGAAGCCAGCGUAG